UCUUCUCGGUGGUGGGCGCACGGCGGCCUUUCAGCACCUGGACAGAGGAGCUGCACCUGAAGCCAAGCCAUUCGAGGUCUCAGGCAGAGGCACAGAGCUGCGGUGAUGCUACGGUAUCAUAAAUAGUAUCAGAAGGGAACGGUGUGCUUGUCGGAGGCACAGCAACCUCAAUGACAGCGAUUCAGAAACAUAACGAAGGGAGGGCCGGGGGUCCCGAUCCGGGUUGGGUCAGAGUAUUUUAGCGUGCUUCUGUGGAAUUCUUUGGACCACACUUUUGGGCCCUGAUCGGAGUUGCAAAAGAUGGAGAAAGGCGCAGCGCACAUUGCGCAGCUUUCCGAAAGGGCAGACGGUCACGCGGACGACAUCGCCAAGGUACCCGACGAGGAGCUGCUCCUGUGGGGCAAAGACGAGCUGGUGAGGCGCUUGCGGAGGACCGAGGCGGAGAAGAGAGGCGUCAUCGUGGAGCACGCGAACCUGAUGCGAGAAGUCAACAGAAGGCUCCAACUUCACCUUCAUGAGAUCCGGAGUUUGAAGGAUGUCAACCAGAAAUUGCAAGAAGAUAACCAGGAGCUCCGGGACUUGUGCUGCUUCCUGGAUGACGACCGUCAGAAAGGGAAACGGGUGACACGAGAGUGGCAGCGCCUGGGCCGCUACAGCAGUGGUCUGAUGAGAAAGGAGGUGGCCAUCUACUUGCAAAAGCUGAAGGAGUUGGAGCAGCGGCAGAGUGAUGUCAUACAAGAUAACAUGGAGCUGAAGGAGGUGUGCCUCAUGCUGGAGGACGAGAGGGCUGCAUCUGUUGCAUUAGGGAGUAGUGGAGGUGGGCGAGAGGGGCCUGGCCGCAGGACUUCCAUUGACAGUCACAGCAGUCUGUCACAGCUGGGUGCUGGGUUACCUGCACCUGGCCUGCUGCGUGAUGUUGGUGAUGGGAGCAGCACCUCCAGUGCAGGAAGCACAGACAGCCCUGAUACUGCCCAGCAGAAACCCUUACCUGUGGGUUCCAGUGCUAGUCCUGGAUCAAGAUGUGCCUCCUUGGACCCCCCCUACAGACUGGAAGAGAUGUGCGAUUCCUCAGGCAGGAGGCACAGCUCCACUCCAGAAUACCACACCUUCCCCCAGCCAUGCCGCUCACGAGGAGGGUCCCUUACCAACACGGACCCUCAAGGCUUCGGAGGAGGCAGCCCUGAAAAACAUAAAUCUCCCAACAGGCAACCACGCGACCCGCACUGUAAGGCCUUCAGCUCUGACCUACUUGCCCAGAAACAGUUGUUAAUUUUAGGGCAAGUAUCACCAGGUUGUGGGAAGGGUAUGGCCAAGUCCAGUCCAGAGUUGAGUCAAAGACACCGUCCAGAUAACGCCAUCGGGGCAAGCUGUGGGAGCCCAGAGGCGAAGAAAACAGUACCGGGAACACCUGAGCAUCUACGAAAAGAGCGAGUGAUAGUGGGGAGUCCAGAGUCCAUACGACACCACCAUCACUAUCAGAUCAGUCCUGGGAUGGAAUACAGCAAGGGAGGGAAUAGCAGAGGCUCCCUGAAACGGGAUGGGAUUCACAGGAGGGCGGCUGGAGAACAACUCUCCCCCCACCACCAGAGUCUGUACAACGUUCUGAUAUCUGCUGGCUGCUGCACCAACUCCUGCAGGAGUGUGAAGCUUUGGGACAGCUUUGAUGGCUCCUGACCACGCAUGCCUCUGGAUCAGAUGCUGCACACAAUCCAGAGAGAGACAGAGAGAGAGAGAGAGAGAGAGAGAGAGAGAGAGAGAGAGAGAGCAAAUGUUUUUUGCACAUGUAUGGAUGGAACGACACGUGGAUCAAUGCACAAGUGAACGGUUAAAUGGUCAUGAAGUUCUGAAUCAAUCAAUGGAGGUUGCUGCUGUGCACUUCUGUAAACCACCACAAAAGACUGAAAUCACUUUUUUUUUUGGGGGGGGGGGGUUAUUGUGAGACACCCACGUCUGAAUUGCCAAACUGAAGAGCCUGCAUCUUUGUAAAAACAGAGAGCUAUAUACUUUACCACACAGUAGGAUAUCCAACCCAUGAUAAGAAGAAUUGUUUUCAGCGUCAAUACUGCUGAUACAGCUGGCAUUAAAGCACAAAGAGUUACAAAAUCGUUAAAAUGCCAUAGUUAGGGUAAUGGUUCCCAUAGCUGACUUGAUUUCCAGUCAAUGCCCCAAUCGCAAUCGUCUUGUGCUUGACAGAUGAUCGGUUGAGGGAGGUUCCAGCCAGCCUAGCAACACUAGAUGAAUAGAAAUCAGUAUAAAAGUAUCAUUUCAUACAUUUUGCACUUGGGCUUAGCAGCUGUAAUACAUAUCAAACUAAAAUAUGUAUCUUUUGAAGUAUUUUUCACCCGAGUGAAGAUAAACGGAACUGAUAAUGGAUGGAUGGAUUGAUGUAUUUAAUAUCAAGCGUAUGAAAGGUAGUCAUUUGCUGACUUCUUAUAUUUGAUGUAAAACCAGAAAUUCUCUUAUAGUUCAGUGUCAGGAAAUGUAUACAAAAACCAUUGUGUAUAAAUAUUUCCCUCCCAAAUCCAACUAAAUUACGAUAUAGAUGACAGUAAAAAUGUAUUUAAAAAAAAAAAGAAGUUAUGGCACCAGAUUGAAAAAAGAAGGCACAUCAAACAUAAUUUGCUAAAUAUGGUUUCUGUAAUUAGACAUAUUUAUAAUAUCCUUUGGAUUUUCAAACCAAUUUGGUUUAAGUUAGUAAUUGUGACCAAAUGCAGUUUGUCAAGGAAGGUCACAUGAAGGACAUGUAGCCCAGUCUCCAUUUUAAUAGUCUAUUGUGCGAUCAAGGGGUUUACUGCUGCUGACAUUUUUUAAUGUAUGGAAGAUAAUGACUAAAAAUUGUUGGUGAUGAAGGAUUGUUUAAAUUUUUAAAUUGGUGUUUGGGAUAUUGUAACCAUGAUUAGUCAGAUGUGACUCAGCAGAUGGAGUUGCUCAUAUCGUUGUAUGCACUUUCUGAAGAAAACAAGCUAACACAAGAGCAAAAUGUGCAAUACUUGGACCCGGUGAUGUGACACUAGAGCCAUAUUUACAAACGUAUGUGGCAAACAAAGUUGCAUGGCAGCCUGACAUAAAAAACUGGAGAGAAACAAAUAUGUAUAUACUGUAUAUCAGCAUUCUAUUUACACACAUAAUAAUUGGCCAUUAAUAAACGUUGCGUUUCCAGCAGUUUAGCGUAUUUGCCAUCACAGUUUUCAUAAAUACUACUUAUUCAAUCGGCGCGUUUGAUUUUUACAGCUGGAGGGAUCUCUAAUUAGAAGAAGAAUGGCAGCAACGUGAGCCCGUGGGCUCUCACCUGCCCCCCUUUCGUUUUGCCGUUUCGUUUUGAGCACUGGUUGCGUCACCUCACGCUUUUUUUUUUAUUUGCAGUUUUGUACAAUCAGCAGGACUAAAUAUGUGCAAACAAAUAUUAAAGACAUUAGCCAGACUACAGAAAAAUUAGAAACAGUCCUGGCUGUAUGCCACCUCUCAUCCGAAGAACAACUGGGAUAGUGCUCCUCUCACCUGCGACCCUAAUGAGGUAGAAAAUGGAUCGAUUAUUCCAGCACCAUAGUUUUGUUGUCCCAAAUUGAGCACGAAAUGAUCACUCCACCAAAUCGUGACAGCUACUGGCCAUGCAGUUGUAGCAAUUAUGUAUGAAAUAAGAAUUGUAAUUAUUUUACGAUAAAGUAAUAAGCCAGGAGCGAUGUUUGCGUUACUUCCGGUUUAUCGUAAUUUUGAUUUAAUUGUUAAAAAUCAAACAAAUGUCUCGAAAAGGGCAUCACGUCAAAUUUGUCAAGUUUAAUUUUAGGCGAAAUGACGACAAACCUUUUUAAUCAAUUUCAGAAUCUGCAGUCUACGACAUUUUGUGUCGUAGGUUACAAAGGUUCACUUAAAUUCAGAACAAACACAAAAUAUGACCACGAGUGGAAUUUUAUGGUAUAUUUAAUGAAACACACAACUACAACAAGAGCAUAACUCUAAGGGUAAACGAAAGAAAGAAAAUAAGGCAUACGAAAAUGGAAAAGAGGUCAUCAUGUGUGGUUGCUGGGCUAAACUAAAUGAGCGUAUGAGCGUUUAAUGCGUUGAGUCAGAGCGGGAGAAGGCAAAGUUGGGAUUUCGUAUGAAGCUAGUAAUUUCCCCACAAUUAUUACACACUGAUGUUGUACAUCAUAGUAAGGAUUGCAGUGUCGACUCACGGACGCAGAUCAGCUGGUCUUUGGAGUGGUCUUCCUCCGGACCUCAAGCGGAAACGAAGAAGGUUCAGUUGAAGAAAAACUAGAUGCACAAAAAAAAAAAGAAAUAGGAAAGGAAAGUUGUUCUCCCGUUUGGGAUGCGCUCAUAACUUCCUUGCCGGUUGACCUGGCGGUGGGCCGAGUUCUGGACCUCAGAGGCGUGCAGGAUCCGUCCGGGAUGCUGGCAGCUGCUCGUUGAGGCCCCGCCGACUGAUCGUGGCUAGGGAAAACGAUCGGAGGCACAUGGUUGCCUUCUUCGAUCGAAAAACGGUACCGGCGUGGUUGCGGCGGGUGUUCGGGCACCUGGUGGCACCCGGAGGCGCCCGAGCGCAUGGGUGAAUAUUAACCACAUAGUUUGCUUGAAGGGAGUGUCCCUCCAAUCUUUUGGUCGGGGAAGGAGUCUUUUGAAGACAGGAAUCAAGAUUUGACGGAAAGCUGCUAAUUAGGUUAAGGUUCACUUGACGUACACCAGGCCCUGUCCUAGUCGCCGUCUCUCAGCAGGGCAGCGUGGAGGAGUGGGGCUUCUCCGGUGGUCACGAGUCUCUGUGGCGCCUCAAAGUUGUGACACUCAUGUCCGCUACAAAGUAUUUAAAAAUGCUUUAUAUUUUGGUUAAAGCGCCACAAGCUUCGUUGUAAAAUUUAUAUAAAUUUUAACUUUAUAGGGGGUUAUAACUAAUUAAUACUGAGUACAUUGGUUCAGAAAGACAGUUGUUUGCAAUCAAGUAUUCUUUGUAAUUUAGGGAUUACAUGUCUGUAUUGUAGUCAAAUAUGAAAUGCUAUAAUAUAAAAGCAAUACAAAAGAAAUUCAUCUUCAUUUUGCACAUGUAUUAUAAAUGUUUAGGAACACCUCUCAGAUUACAAAAAUACACACACACAACCAAACAUAGUGUUGUGUGUGAUGUAUUGUUGAAGGAGAAUAUUAAAGGUAAUGGUACUUUGUAUUAGUCACAUGUACAAUGCACAGUGAAAUAUGUUUUCUGUGUUUACAGUAAACUGUCCCUGAGUAAUGCCCAAGGACUUAAUCCAUAUGUUGUGUCACUACUUUGGUCAAGUAACUAACUAGAAAUUACCCUUAUAUGAUUGAAGUUGUGGGGGAAACCAGAACACCCAGAGAAAACCCACGGGAAUAAAUACAUUUCACACAUUUCAAAUCUGAAAAUUAACUCUGGAAAAAGAAAAAAAUCUUUUCGCUGUCUCGUGACGUUGGUGAAAGUCAACACGUCUGGAAAUAAGCAAGAAGCGAAUGCAGUAUGAUUAUGCCCUUCCUGUAUAACCUUUUAACCCUGUGUCUCAUUUUCUUUGGUGAUUGAAUUGAAGAUAAAUAUGGUAUGCUAUCAAUAGUAUUAGUAUAAUAAGUCAACAGUAGGACUGUAAAUCUGUAAUUUUAUAAAUAUAUACCAUAAAUUAUUAUUUUUGACUUCCUCUUAUAUGAUAUUGCUAUAACUCUUAUAUCCAAAGUUGUAUGUAGAAACCAAUAA